ACGGAACGGCGGCGGCUGCGGCGCUGGCGACGGCUGCGGCAGCGGCGGCAUUUUAGUCAGCAGCGGCGGCGGUAGCCGGGCUGCUGCUUCUCCCAUCAUCCCUGGCGCGGCCAUUUCAGCCCCAUCUUGGCUGAGGGGAGGGAGCUGCAGCCACCGCUUCAGCAGUUUGAAUUUCAGUUUCUCCAGAGCCUGCAAACCGGCCGCACCGAGGAGGAGCCGAAGAAGCUACCGCCGCUACCUCACACAGCCAGAGCGCCGCCGCUUGCCGGCCCGCCGGCCGCCGCCCCUCAUUCUCUCAAGAGCCGCGAGGGGAGGCCGAGACCGCCGCCGCCGCCCGCCCGCGGGGGUGGCUCCCCCUGUAAGGGGAGGACCGAGCCGGCUUUCCCCUCCCCCGGAGCGGGUUUCCGCCAGAGACAGUCGACAUGUCCCUGGGGCUGAGCUCCGGCUAGAGCCGGGGAGGGAGGGCCGCCCGGCCGCACCGAAGCUCCGCCGCCCGCCCGCGGCUCCUGGCUGAAUCAGGAAUCCCCGGCUCCGGACUCGCCACUCCUCCUUCUUCCCUCUCGGCGUCCGAGAGCCCGGAGCUGACGCCGGCACUGGCUCGAGGAGCGGGACAGCACCGCCCCUCACGCCGCCGCCGCCUCCUCCCCUUCGCCCUCCCACUCCCACCCCCAGCCUAGGCCUGCUGACCGCGCGGGGCGCCGAGCUGGACUGACCACGGCGGCCCGGAGACGCGAGGAGGAAGCAGCCGGCCCGCCCCUGGGAUCGCGCUUUCGCCGCCACUGGGGGUAUUGAAUUGAGGCACCGCGACUGCGGGAGGCGAGAAGGAAGGAGGAGCCGGCGCGCGAGUGAGACGGGGGCAGAGCCGAAGAGACCGACACGGAGAAGGAAACGGGAGGAGGAUGUCUCGCGGAGCGACCGACGCACGGAUCAACCCGUGACUCUUACAGCGGCGGGCCUCAGACCCCAGCGCGGACGCGGACUUUGUCUUUGGGGGCCCUGCUCUGCCCUUCCUGGUUUCCGGCAAGAUCGCAGAGGAGGCGGCGUGCCUCUCUGCCCUCCAGCCUUCCUCACCAUGUCCAAGAUGCCGGCCAAGAAGAAGAGCUGCUUCCAGAUCACCAGUGUCACCACAGCCCAGGUGGCCACUAGCAUCACCGAGGACACCGAGAGCCUGGACGAUCCGGACGAGUCACGCACAGAGGACGUCUCCUCCGAGAUAUUCGACGUUUCUCGGGCCACGGACUACGGCCCCGAGGAGGUCUGCGAGCGCAGCUCCUCCGAAGAGACGCUCAACAAUGUUGGGGAUGCGGAGACUCCCGGUACCGUCUCCCCCAACCUCGUCCUGGACGGGCAGCUGGCGGCCGCGGCGGCCACUCCCGCCAACGGAGGAGGAGCCGCUUCGGCCCGCAGCGUGGCUGGGGCGCUGGCCAGUACCCUAGCGGCGGCCGCCCCCUCGGCCCCCUCCUCAGGGGCCCCCGGAGCCCCCCCGGUCGCGGGCCCCUCCGCCGGGCCAGGGACUGCCGCCCCCUCGCAGCCCCCCACCACUUGUAGUUCCCGUUUCCGCGUGAUCAAGCUGGACCACGGCAGCGGGGAGCCGUAUAGACGCGGCCGAUGGACGUGCAUGGAAUACUAUGAGCGGGAUUCCGACAGCAGCGUCCUGACCCGGUCCGGGGAUUGCAUUAGGCACAGCAAUACUUUUGAUCAGACUGCGGAUCGGGACAGCGGCCUGGGCGCCACCGGAGGGUCCGUGGUGGUGGUGGUGGCCUCCAUGCCGGGGGCGCACGGGCCCGACUCGGGAACUGACAGUUCCUUGACUGCUGUGUCACAGCUACCCCCGUCGGAGAAAAUGAGCCAGCCCGCCCCGGCCCCGCCGCAGAGUUUUGGCGUUGGGCAGCCGCAGCCGCAGCCGCCGCCCGUAGGUGGGGCUGUGGCUCCGAGCUCGGCUCCGCUGCCGCCGUUCCCGGGAGCCGCGGCCGGGCCGCCGCAGAUGAUGGCAGCCCCGCCGCCCAGCCAGCCGCAGGGCGCCGCGCCUGGCUCCGUCCCCCCGGGGCCCAACGGACAGGGGCUGCCGCUGACGAAUGUAACCCUGGCGCAGCCCGGCCUGGCCCUGCCUCCGCAGCCCGGCCCGGCCGUGGGCGCUUCUGCCGCGCCGCCGCCCCAGCAGUUCGCGUAUCCCCAGGCUCAGAUUCCGCCGGGCCAUCUGCUGCCCGUCCAGCCCGCCGGCCAGAGUGAGUACCUGCAGCCGCACGUGGCCGGCCUGCAGCCGCCCAGCCCGGCGCAGCCCUCGUCCGCGGGCGCCGGAGCGGGCCCCGGCCAGAACGCCUCCUCCACGGGCGCGCAGAUGAUGGGCGCGGCCUCCCUGCCUGGCGAAGCCGUGGCCCCGGGGCCGGGCCCCGCGCAGGGCGGACCGGCCGCGCCCGGUCAGCCGGCCGGAGUGCCCCCGGCUGCCAUGGGAGGCGCGGCGCCGUCGGGCCUGGUUCCCGCCGGGGCCGGGCAGCCUCAGCCCGCGCCUCCGCCGCAGAUGGGUGGCAGCGGCGCGCCAUCGGCAGUGCCCGGCGGCCCUCACGCCGUGGUGCCCGGAGUUACGAACGUGCCUGCAGCCGCGCCCGCUCCCAGCGUGCCUAGUGUGUCUACCACUUCUGUUACUAUGCCAAAUGUACCCGUGCCCUUGGCCCAGGCGCAGCAGCUGGGCAGCCAUCCUCCGGUCAGCAGGAGCGGCAGCAUCAUCCAGCACGUGGGGCUGCCCUUAGCGCCAGGCACGGCCAGUGCACCGACGAGUCUACCGCAGUCUGACCUAAGCCAGUUUCAGACUCAGACCCAGCCUUUAGUCGGGCAAGUUGACGAUACUAGAAGAAAAUCCGAACCCCUACCUCAACCACCACUUUCUCUCAUUGCUGAAAUUAAGCCUGUUGUGAAGCCUCCUGUUGCAGAUGCCCUGGCAAACCCCCUUCAGUUAACACCUAUGAACAGUCUCUCCACCUCUGUAUUCAGCAUAGCUAUUCCUGUUGAUGGUGAUGAAGACAGGAAUCCUUCAACUGCUUUCUUCCAAGCGUUCCAUUUGAACACGAUUCAGGAAUCAAAGAACCUCUGGGAUAGUGCAUCUGGGGGAGGUGGUGUAGCCAUUGACAACAAAAUAGAACAAGCAAUGGAUCUGGUGAAAAGCCAUUUGAUGUAUGCAGUAAGAGAAGAAGUGGAAGUUCUAAAGGAACAAAUAAAAGAAUUAGUUGAAAGAAACUCUUUACUUGAACGAGAAAAUGCACUGUUAAAAUCUCUUUCAAACAGUGAUCAGUUAUCCCAACUCCCAGCCCAACAGGCCAAUGCUGGUAGCACUUCUCAACAGCAAGCAGUGAUAGCACAGCCUCCGCAGCCAACGCAGCCUCCGCAGCAGCCGAAUGUGUCCUCAGCAUAAAGCUUUCUUGCCUCAUUAAGAAAAAAACUGAAAGCAAUCUAUCCUUGUGUGCCACUGGUGUUCUUUCCACUUUAUACGAAAGCAAGUAGCCAUGCUUCAGUUGUGUGUUUGGCCUUUUCAGUAUUAGACAAUCAUUCUACAAGAGCUUUUCCUCUCUUUGAUGUCAUGCAGUGCUGUUGAUGUCCAGUUUAUGUCAUCAGUGCACAAGGAGAAUAAUAGAUGGGGUGUAUUAAAGAGAGCAAAGUUAGCAUUUUACCUGGUGCGCACGAGUGGGGUCUUUUAAGAGCUUUGGUGGCUCUCCCAUGUUUCCUAUUAUCCAUGGAUUUACCCUGAGCCUUCCUAUCGCAUUAUAAAUAACAGUUCAUCUAAAGAGCCACUUUUCUUUCAAUAUCAGUAACAUUUGCCUACAUAAGUUUUCAUUUAUUUGUGUUUUAUUUAUUACAGGGCUGCUAUUUUCAUAAUGUACAUGAACAAUGUCACAGAACUUUUUUAAUUUUUUUGAAUAAUUAUAAGUAUCAGUAAAGGAAUUGAAAGGCAGGAUUGCAUUUAAUAGAUGAAACGUUUAGGCAAUAAUUGAACAAAAGAAUCCUGGCAUAUUUCUAACACUAAUGGCAAUUUACCUUCGGUAUUUAUUUUCAGUAGUAAAGACCCAGCUUGAAUGUAAAUUUUGUAUAGUGUAAGUAUGAAGAACAUAGUGCAACUGUACAGGUAGUCACCAGUUAUUGUGAUAUAAUAAAUAAUUGGGCUAUUUUGAUGAAGAAAACUUUGUUCAUUUGUUUCUACUUUCUAAUAGAGAAAUUGCCACGAUUCCUCUGCUUUUUGACAUUUCGUAUGACUUUUUUUUCGGGUGGGAAUAAAAAGCUGUGAAAUUGUUCAACCUACUUUGUAACCAAAGAAGCAAAGCUGUGUAAUGGAGUUUUGUUUUUUUUUGUUUGUUUUUUUUUUUAUAAUGCACAUUCUUUAUGUAUUUUUAUUUAGUGUUCUCUCGGUCACAAUUUUCUUUGCUGUCUAGCAUGAUCUGCAUGACCUAUAAUCUUUGAACCACUUUCGUACCUCAUGUUUUUAUCCAGCACUCUUAUUGUAAUAUGUACUAGUCUGUGAACAAUGUCAAAUAAAAAAGAACGAACAGGUAGUAUGGUGGAGCUGAGCUAGUGUACUAUACACUAGUUGUAAAAAAAAAAAAAAAAAAAAAAAAUAA